ACGUCUAAUACUGGACAUCUUUUGUUGGCCGACUCAAUCGCAUAAGUGCUCUUCUUUUUCUCCUGCUUCUCCGUCUUCGCCAUCCCUCUCACAUCUCAAAAGAACUCUCUCUGAUGGCGCCGCCUCCUGGACCCUACUCCGGCACUAGCACUCUCGCUUUGGUGGCUCGAGUUUCUGCAUUUUCUGUCGGAGUCGUUUAUGGGAGUCUCAAGCUCAAGUACCUCAAGGCAAAGGCAAAGUCUCAGAAGAAAGCCGAAGCCAAGGAUCACCACUGAAGGAUUGCGUAAAAAUGAAAAUGAAGGGGUGUGAGGGAUAUAGAAUAAUGCAUCAAGACGAACUUUGUGAAGUUUUAUCUUGGCAUAGAGCUUCUGUAAACUAUUGUGCACUGUCAUGUCAGAAAUUUUUUCCGGGAGUUGACUCAAUUCUCUAAGAUUGCUUCCUUCUUUCCCUAUGGCCGAGAGGACAGAGUUUUAGUUUUAAUUUCCUAGCUUUUAUUGGAGAGAAUUUGGAGAUGAUUUUAUCUUACUUCCCCCUCUUUGGAUUAUUUUCUGUCCUCAAUUGGUCAGGCUUUGUGGCAUUUUCACGACGGAAGUCGAGAUUUAAUUUGUGUUUGGCUUAUAGUUAAUCAGUUUUAAGGUUCU